GAUGGCGGCACCCAAGUCGGGUGUGACACGUGCUUCCACGGAGAGAAGUGUACACUGACGCAACAAGCAAGGUAGCACCUGGAAGAGAGGCAGGCCGGUGUAACCCUGGCCAGCCAGGCUACUUAGUGAGACCUCAAAAACAAAAAAUCCAAGAGGAAAGAGGAUGGUGCCACAUUUUCCCUGGUGAGAACCUGAGGACAGACCCUACCAUGAGUGUCACCGCAGAGGUCAAGAGUCGUGGGAUGAAGUUUGCUGAAGAGCAGCUGCUGAAGCAUGGAUGGACUCAAGGCAAGGGCCUGGGCCGGAGAGAGAAUGGCAUUACCCAGGCCCUCAAGGUGACACUGAAGCAGGAUACUCAUGGGGUGGGACACGACCCUGCCAAGGAAUUUACAGACCACUGGUGGAGCGAUCUCUUCAACAAGACUGCCGCCAGCUUGGUAGUAGACUCGGGGAAGGAUGGAGUGCAGAUAAGGCGUCUUUCUAAGGAGACCACCCAGCGCAGUCACCCCAAGCCCAGUUUGCUGUAUCAGAAGUUUGUGAAGACAGCCACACUAACCUCAGGUGAAGAGAAGCCUGACAGAGAUUUGGGGAGCUGCAGUGAUGUUGACAGCCAUGAACCCAUGCCCCCAAAGAUUCUGACUGAUGAGAUGCUACUCAAAGCUUGUGAGGGGCGAACAGCACACAAGGCUGCCCGGAUUGGAAUCACCAUGAAAGCCAAGCUUGCUCGCCUGGAGGCCCAAGAGCAGGCCUUUCUGGCUCGGCUCAAAGGCUCAAAGGCCAUGGACACCUCUCAACCACUGACCGACAGCAAGCCUUCCCAAAAAAAGAAAAAGAAGAGGAAGAAGAGAGAGGAGGAAGAGGCUGCAACAACUGAAAAGAGUCUAGGUGAGGAGGUCCUGGAACACACCGACAAGAGCUUCAGGAAAAGCAAGAAGAAGAAAAAGAGGCAGAAAGAUGAGAGAGGGGGACCGGCUAUAGGAAGUGAAGAGGAAGAGGCUGCAGGAGAGAGUGGACGUGGGGAACUGAGCACAGAGCAAUCUGAUCAGUCGUCCAGGAAAAAGAAGAAAAGGAGGAGGCAGCACCACGAAGAGAGGGAGAUGGGAGUCUGUGAUGAAGGAGGCAGAGAUGUGGCAGGCGGGCCAAAGGCAGUCAACAGUGGAGCAGUUAAAGACCCCAGGAGAAGCAGCAAGAAGCGUCAGAUGUGUGGGGAGGACUUGGAUACCCAAGAGGAGGAAGGGAAGGCUGACCUAAUGAGAGGAGAGAGAAAAGUCCAAAGAAAAGACAAAAGGAAAAGCCAGCAGUGCUAUGAGGAGCUCUUGGAUGUCAGCAAUAAAGAUGAUGGCAGGACUUGGGAAGCAGAGGAUGAGGUGGGCGAAGUCAGCCACACCCAAGAGAAAGCCAAAAAGAAGCGGAAGAGGGACUGAGGGUCUAACAUGGAUCUCGGCUCACUCCUUUUCAGGGGUAGCCUGGUUUGGGGCAGGUUUUCCCCACACUCCUCUGCAAGCAGCUCUGGAGCACCAGUCUGCUGAGGGGAGCCAAAGCAUUCUAUACUAGCUGAGGGGGUGAACGUGGUCCCCUGUGAAACUUCCUGUCCAAAAAGUAUAAACCUGGUGCCUGGCAGCUCACCAGCUAAAGGAUGGUGGGAAGAGGAACCAGGAUGCAGGAAUAUUUGGAGUGUCUCUUCUAAGAAAAGUCUGAAAAUGGAGACUUACAUGAAAGUCUUUUUGUUUUUGAGACGGUUUCUCUGAUAUAGCUUUAGCUUUCCUAGAACUCACAGAACUCCAUAUGCCUCUGCCUCAUGAGUGCUUAGAUCAGAGGCAUGCAUGCACUGACACCCUGCAAAAUGUUUUCAUUUUAAAUACCAUGAAGGUUAAGAGAAACGUACAUUGAUACGUAUGGGUUGGGUUACCCUCCCAGACUGCUUGUUUCUAAUCAUGAUUAGGUGAGAGCUUGGGCCCCAAGCUUAUAGGUCAUUCCCAGCAGGAGAAGGUCUGAACACAAAGGAGAUGGCACGCGGAGACUUGAAGAAAUUCUGUUAACCUCUGGGGGUCUUGCUACAAUGCUAAGCUGAAUUAGUUUAGAGGCGUCAUCUACCUCCCUGUGUAUUACAAAUAAGUAAGAAUCAUUCCUGGGUGGAAGAUAUCACACCUGAGUUAUUUUC